AUGGCGGAAUUUCUGUGGACAUUUGCUGUACAAGAAGUGUUGAAGAAGACGGUGAAGCUGGCGGCUGAGCAGAUCGGCCUGGCAUGGGGAUUCGAGGAGGAACUCUCAAAGUUGAAGGACUCUUUACUCAUGGCGCAAGCCAUCCUAAGGGAUGUUGAUAGAAUGAAGCCAGAUCUUGACUCCCUGAAGCUAUGGGUGAAUAACCUUGAAGAUAUCGUCUUCGAAGCUGAUAUUUUACUCAAUGAGCUUGCUUAUGAAGACGUUCGACGCAAAGUGGAAAUCGAGAAAGAUAGGAUGAGUCGAGAAACUCUAGUUGUUUUACCCAUUGUUGGUACGGGUGGAUUAGGAAAAACAACUCUUGUGAAGGAGGUUUUCCAUCAUGAUAUGAUAAGGAAGAGUUUCGAUACAUUUAUAUGGGUAUGUGUAUCUGAUCCUUUUAAAAUCAACAAAAUUUUAAGAGCAAUCAUGGGAUCAUUGAAUCCUACAUUUGGUGGCUCAGAUGAAAGGGAAGUUAUUCUUCGAGAGCUCCAAAAUUUGUUGAGCGUCAAAAAGUAUUUUCUUGUGCUUGAUGACGUUUGGAAUGAGGAACACAUUCUAUGGAAUGAGUUGAGGGCUUGUUUGCUAAAGAUCAAUCAAAAUGUUGGAAGUGCUAUAGUUGUGACUACGAGGAGUGAUAAAGUUGCAGAAAUUAUGGAGACAAAUUACAGACAUCAUUUGAGGCCGUUACCAGAUGACCAUUGUUGGUCUUUAUUUGAAAAAUGUGCAUUUGAAAGUGAUUUACCAAUAAUUCCUAAUAUCAUUCGAGGACAGCUUGUUAAAAAAUUUGGUGGUAUACCAUUGGUUGUGAAAGUGUUGGGAGGAAUGGUGAAAUCAUGCAAGAACGAUGAUGAAUUGCAAUCGACUUUGAAAAAUCUUGUGAGAAUUGAAUUACCAAAGGAAGAUCUUAUUUUAUCCACAAUCAAAUUAAGUGUGGACCGUCUACCAUCUUCCUCAUUGAAACAAUGUUUUGCCUACUGUUCAAAUUUUCCACCAAACUAUUGCUUCUACAAGGAAGCACUUGUUCAGAUGUGGGUAGCACAGGGGUUUAUUCAACUACCCAAUGGAAGCAAUAUAACGGUGGAGGAUAUUGGAGCGAGGUAUUUCGAUAUUUUAUUGUCUCGCUCUUUGUUUCAAGAUGUUGUCAGGGACAAAAGAGGAAAAAUUAAAUAUUGUAAGAUGCAUGAUCAUAUAUAUGAGGUUGCAUGUGCUAUUUCAAAUGAUCAAAGUUUGAGAGGGGACCUUGUAACGGAUGAAGAAUCUCAAGGUGGUGUUCUUUCGAUCCGUAAAAGAAGAAGAACAGUUUAUUAUUGUGAAAAUUUAUCCUUUGAUAAUCAAGAUAUGAUCACCAACUUUAUCUACUUGCGCGUUUUAAUUAUUCAUUAUGGGUUCAUAACUGAACUGCCAGAUACCAUCACUAAAUUGAAGCAUUUGAGAUAUCUUGACAUUUCGAAGCUUUACCAUUUGCGGACUUUGAAGCUUGGAAGGGAUGUAAAGCUUCCUACGAAGUUGAGAAAGUUGGUCAAUUUAAGGCAUUUAGAAUUUAAUCUUUUUCGUUCACAUCAAAGUAAGCAAAUGCCUAAACAUUUAAGUCGAAUGACUCAACUUCAAACGCUUUCUGGUUUUCUAGUUGGGUGUGAUGACGGAUGUAAGAUUGAGGAGCUUGGACAUUUAAAAGACCUUAAAGGUAAAUUUAGUCUUUUACAUCUCGAGCAAGUCAAAAGUAAAACGGAGGCCAUGGCUGCAAAUUUAGUAGAUAAGGAAAAAAUUUCGGAUCUAUAUUUUGAAUGGAGUUUUGAAAGAGAAGACUGUGGUGAGAAUGAUUUGAAUGUGUUGGAAGGGCUUCAACCACACAAAAGCCUUCAAGCAUUGAGGAUUCAUAAUUUUGGAGGUGAACUUCUACCCAAUGGUAUUUUUGUUGAAAACUUGGUUGAGCUAACUCUAUACCGCUGCAAAAGAUGUGAAACUUUACCAAUGAUUGGACAGUUGCCUAAACUUGAGGUUCUUGAAAUUCGUGAGCUAAGUGGUAUAAAAAGUAUUGGAGACAAAUUUUAUAGGAAUUAUCGCGAAAGCAGAACUUUAUUUCCUAAAUUGAAGACAUUUGAAAUUUUGCACAUGGAGAGUUUAGAGGAGUGGGAAGAAGUUGCUACUAUUUCGAGUUGUAUAACUUUUCCUCAUCUUGAAAGUUUGGCGAUUCGUUUUUGCCUAAAACUAACGAAUAUUCCAGACAUUUUUGCAACUUAUGGUCAAAGGUUGGAAGCUGACACUAUUAAUGUCAGGUUCUUUUCAAGCUUUCAAAGUCCUCCAAAGCUUCGAUCUCUACACAUUCAUAAUUGUACAAGUUUGAUAAAGCUACCAAAUUGGUUAGAAUUCUAUAGCUCACUCGAAGAUUUGUGGAUAGGCGACUUUUUUGAUGAUAUUUCUCCUCCAAAUUUGCAAAAUAUGCAAAACUUGUCUUCAUUAGGAAUAAAAAACUUCCCUAAUUUAUCAGAGGGGCUUGGUGGUAUUCAUAACUUGAAAACAUUGGUAAUUAAAGGGCCAAUGUUGGGUUAUGAUUGGAGUCGAUUCAUACCCUUCAAUUUGCUUGAAGUUCUUAAGUUGCAUGAAACAGGAACUAAUAGUUUGACACAACUUCCUCAACAACUUGAGCUUCUCACUGGUUUAAGAUCGUUGCAUAUUGAGAAUUUUAAUGACAUUGAAUCUUUGCCGGAAUGGUUAGGAAACAUUACAUCUUUGGAGACAUUAGAAUUAUGUAGGUGCAGAAAUUUGAAAAACUUGCCCUCGAGAAAAGCCAUGUCAAAUCUGACUAAAUUGAAUCGUUUAAGAGCGUAUGAAUGUUCCUUGCUUGAAGUUGGUGAAGGAACUCAUGUACUCUAA